AGAUGUUUUCUAACGACUCAGCGUCGCAUCUUGACUCGCUCGUGUAAUAUUUACAUGUUCCGUGUUACUGUAAAAUUAUAAAUGACCGUGAUAACACUGUUUUAUACACCGUACAGUGUUUAUUUGUAGUUUGAUUGUCAGUGUGAAUUAUUUUGUCGCAUUCUCAUCACGAGUAAAACGCUUAACAUUGUAGUGUAAUUGCGGAUUAGUGGCUCCAACCCGAGCCAGGGGCCCGCUAGGGGGCCUCAGAAACAUCCGAGGAGGCUACAAAAUCAAGUUAAAAUAUAAUUUGGAUGACACAAUGGAAGCAAAAAUGAAGAAACGUAAAAUCCACAAACCGUCUUCUAACCAGCCUCCUCCCCAAGUCACUGCACGAAAAACAACUUCCAGCAGCAGAUCAUUUGGUGUUGGUGGUAAGGUUACGCACUCCAGUCAGAGGACAAAGUAUCGCAGGGGAGUGCGAGACAAAUCGAGGCCUCAGAGUCAGUUGGGUAAGAGUAACCAGUCUGCCCACAUCCAGCACUCGUUUCUCACAGACGUGUCUGAUGUUCAGGAGAUGGAGAAGGGGCUGCUCAGCCUUCUUAAUGACUUCCACUCUGGAAAAUUACAAGCCUUUGGCAAUGAAUGCUCCAUUGAUCAGAUGGAGCAUGUGAGAGAAAUGCAGGAAACACUGGCUUGUCUGCAUUUUGACCUGUAUGGAGAAGUUGAUAAGCUGCCAGAAGACCAGAUGAAGUCCGCUUAUGACACUAACAUGGAUAAACUAUUUUUAAAUCUGGAAGAGUUGAGCUCCUCAAUACAAAAGCUCAACCUUGCUGACAGUCAAGAUGUUCCCAGAACUUCCAGCAUAUGAACUGCAAAAG